ACGACCAGAGGCAUUCUUACCAGAUGCCACCUCCGCUGGCUCCUUUCGAUGCGACGAAGCACCAGCUCUGCUCUGAGUACCUCCCGGACAUUCGAGCCACUCACCCUGUUCCUGAGUGUUAAAAAAACAGGCAGCAUACAGUGUAACAGAGGGGACUUCCAGCACAAUCCUGGGGAGCCACCAGAACCCCGAGGAGCUGGAAUGGAGCAACUCAUAGGGUCACUGGAGAGGAAGCUGCAGAGACCCCUACUGGCAAAGUCCCGUACUUUGCCCAGUAUUCCACAGUCCCCCACUGUCUCCAGAGUUCACCCCUCUGAUCUGAUUGGAGGGAGCCCUCCUCGAAGGAAAAACCCGCCUGCUGCCACCACCAACCCCACGGCCUGCACACUGCCAUCUGCAGGAGAGCUGUGGCGUUUGGAAGACGACAUGGAGAAUGAGAAUGAGCCUGAGAACGGCGGACGCACAGAGGCUCGGCCACGCUCGCAGUCACCCUUUUCUCACCUUCGUGCACGAUCCGCCUACCUGCGUAAGAGCGUCUCUGCCGAUGACAACCUCGACAUGGGCUCGGACUACAGUUCAGCCACCACUGUCGAAGAAACGGCAACACGCGGCAAGAGCAAGCUGAAGAGGAAGUUUAGUCUGGGCUCUGCUGACAGGAAGGACAAUCAGCAGAAGAAGUUAGAAUCCGGAAUUUCUAAGUUUACCCAUCGUCUCUCCUUGAAGGAGCGCUCCACCAAAGUAGACAAGGCUACUUUGAACAGACCUACGUCCUACAGGAGGCGAUCUCUUAGUGUGGACUGGGCUGAAACUGCCAAGAUGACCCAACCAAUGAGGGGGGACCAGGCUCACCAGCCAGCCCCAGUACGGAAGACAGUAAGCCUGUCCUCACCAAGUGCAGCUCGCCGUCUGUACCGCAACUUGUCUGGAAAGUUCCGCGUGGGUACCAACCCCCCUGCACUGGAGGACACUGUGGUGUCAGGUCGGGGAGGAGACAAAGAACGGCUGCGCAAAACCACUAUAGUAAGCCAGAGCGAGAGAUUUCAGAGUAAUGAAGCCCUCUUUGAGGCAGUGGAGCACCAGGAGCUGGAUCUGGUCCAGCUGCUUCUCUCCCAGUACAGUCUGGAAGAACUGGACCUCAACACCCCAAACAGUGAGGGCCUACUACCCCUCGACAUCGCCAUCAUGACCAACAACGUGCCCAUGGCCAAACUGUUGCUGCGAGCGGGUGCCAAAGAGAGUCCCCACUUUUUCAGUUUGGAGGGCCGAGCAGUGCAUUUGGCCACCUUGGUGCAGGAGGCUGAGCAGCGGGUGUCCGAGCUUCAGACCCAGGUUCACGGCGAGGGCCCCGCCGAGCGCGAGGGAUCGGACCGUGAGCGGCAGCUGAAGGCCUGGGAGGGGAGGCUGCAGCUCUUUCGGCGCAUGCAGACGGGGUUCCAGCACACAAACCCUCCAGAGGCUCCCACUGCAGUUCAUCUGUCAGUCAGCAGCAGCACUAGUCUCAGGGUGGACUUCCAGGAGCCGCUUUCUGUCAACUCUGCUGUGGUAACAAAAUACAAAGUGAGUUGGAGCUGUUCUCCCUCCUUCAGCCCUUUGCUUGGGGAGACGAUGGUGGAGGACAUCACUCUACUGCAGUGCAACAUUACUGGACUCACUUCUGGGACCUAUUAUUACGUUCAGGUGUCCGCCUACAACAUGAAGGGUUGGGGGCCUCCGCUAGUCUCCACGCCUGCCUGUGCUGCACCCUCCAGUUGGAGGGAAAUUGAUGGUUGUACGCCACGUCUGAAAGGCCAGAAGGAGGCACUCGACCAACUUCUUGACCAGAUUAAACAAGCUCAUCGCCAGUGUGUCUGCCAUGAACAGUGCAAAGCUCCAGCGCAAGGCAGGAAGCACUCGGUAUCAAAAAGCCUGCGCCACCUUUUCCAAACCAACAGCAAAUUUGUUAAAAGCUUGAAAAGGGGCCUCUAUUUAACAUCCAUAUUCUACAGAGAUGACAAUGUGUUGGUCACUCCAGAGGAUCAAAUUCCUAUUGUGGAAGUUGAGGAUUCCUACUCGAGUUCCCUCAUGCAGGACUUCCUCUGGUUCACAAAGGUAUCCUACUUAUGGGAGGAGAUUCCUUGGCUUCAGCAGUGUCUAAAUCCCUCCCAGUCAUCCUGUUCCUGUAUUCUGCAAACACGCUUAAAAAUGCUGCAGGCUGUCUCCCAACUACAGGGAAUGCUGGGAACUCAGGACUUGGGCCAGGUGUAUUUUGAACCAAUCAAAGACAAGCAUGGUAAUGCCCUCCUGGUGCUUUUGAAGGACAUGAAUGCCUGUACAAACCUAGAUGGAGUGCGCUGGACACAGCUUUGCAAACUCCAACGCAAGUCAAUCUCAUUGCCUGAAGAGCCCACCUCCUUGGACAUGCUUCUGAUGACACUCCACGAGAAGUUGGCGUACCACAGGCGGAGCAGGAAGUUGUUGUCUCCAGGCUUAUAUCUGGGCUACCUGAAGUUGUGUACUUCAGUGGAGCAGAUCAGAGCUCUGGUGCCUCAGAAACUACCCAAUGUCCUCUGUCACACCAAGAUUCGAGACAACAGCCACGUGUCCAGAGAGGAGUGGCAGUGGCUGCAGGCCCUCACCUCUUUGGAGGAGUCACUGGAAAUGGACAGUGAUGUACAUAGUGGUCCACAUCGCCUCCUUCAGGACCUCCGCAGUGCCAUCAAGGACCUGAUGGCCCACAUUAAUGUGCCAGGAAAUCAGGCACAAGAUUUCCGUAUCUACAGCCAGGAAGUCUUGGAGUUUGGGGAGAAAGUGUCUUUCCUGCUCCUCCUGCCACCAUCAGAUGAGGUUUGCACAGCCCCUGGUCAGAAUAACCCUUACUCCCCCCGCUCUGGCUUCCUCACCCUGCCUCUGCAGAUCUUUGAACUUGUCCACUUUCACACUUACUGUCCCAGUUUCAUCGGCCAGUAUUGCAGGGUGUCGGCCCUGCUCGAGCUGGAGUCCUUCAUGUCCCAGCAGGCACUGAGGGAGGCCUUCUCCGAAGAAGAGCUUCUCGCUGCGAAGAAGAAGCACCAACAGAUUCAGGAACACAUGCAGCAAAUGGAGGAGGUGUGGCGCGACGCAAGGUGGAUAAUGGAUGCCUUGCAAUAUGCCCGCUACAAGCAGCCAACAGGAGGCAUUUCCAUCAGCUGGAUAAUCGACUUCUCCAAGGAUGUGAUGCCUGACAAAUCUCCUUCCACCUCCUCCCAGCCGGAUUUCAUGCCCUCGCCCAUUCCUUCACCCGAAAUCUGCCACAAACAUUCAGAUUUUGCUGGACUGUCAGAUGAAGAGGGCUCCUCAGAGGUCUUCCUCACUACUGACAGUGACUACGACUCCAGCCGUGCCCAGAGCCCCCGUGAGCUGGACUUGCUGCCUCAUUCGCCCCUCUCAUCUUGUCCACCUCUGGAGCCUCGUGCUUUCCUGCGAAGCGAUGGGAGCACCACCAGUGGAGGGAUGGGUGUCGGGGGAAUUGGAUGUGGUGGUGGUGCUCUGAGGGAUUCCACUCCGGACGUCCUCCAAGCGUCAGAGCCGCAGCUCGGGAGAGAAGGUGAAAGGUGCGGAGGGGUUCGCUGCGGAAGGGAAAAACGGAGGGGGCCCCCCGAGCUUUUUGACAGUGACUUCAUCCUGCCGAGCAGGCAGAUCGAGCUGUUGCACAUCACGGAGAAGAGACAAGCCUUGUGCGUAAGAACCAGUAGCCUAGAGUUCCCGUCGACCACAUCAGCCCACCAUCAGCCUUACUCCCAACUACGUACUUGCACCUCACCCGCCUCUUCCCCUCAGCAGCGAUGGCACAGACCGUCGUCAGUGGAUCGCUGUUGCUCGGCUGAGCGCUGCGUACAACGGCUUCCGCCCAGUCGCACCUUGUCAGAAGACAGCGGCACCCAAAGGCUCUCCUCCCCAUCCUCCGUUGCCCCCAAGAAAGCCACGCUCAGAGUGUACCCACAGUACCGCACCGGUCUGCCCAAGGAGACCAGUGUUAAGCUAUGUGUUACUCCGGUUACGUCAGCGAAGGAGAUGGUCCAACUCGUGGUGCAGGAGGUGAAUGUUGUGUGCCGUCGUAUUUUUGGUGGCAGCGGCGAACAGGAGCAGUGUGUCUACUACAGCGCAGAGCAGUUAAAGCACUUUGGCCUGGUGUUGGUUGUGGAUAACAGAGAAAAGUGGCUCCAGGAUGAUUUCUGUCCCCUGGAGCUCCAGAACCCCUGGCAGAGGGGAAAACUUUGCGUUCGCAUUAAGGAGUACUCUCCCCUCGCGCUCAAAUACAGCCGAGCCACCACAGUCUGACCUUUGCAGGAGAGACUAAAGACUCAUGUCAGAGUUCGUUGC